AUGGCUGGUUCAUCUGUGUCUGCAAUUCUAGACGGGAUUGCAUCUUCCAGCAUAGCCUUUGACAAGAAUGAGCCUGGUUCAAGAGAAGACCUGAUUGAGCACAGCCGAGCGUUGAUUGCGGCCUUGGAGAUUCCCAGUGAGUUUAUACAGCGCACAUUCUGCGCAGAGCCAGCUCAAUCAGCCAUCAUCCGUCUUGCCGUCGACGUUCAACUUUUCCAACGUUUGCAGGAAGCGGGCGAUGUAGGCCUGACACCUGACGCUCUAGCCCACAGUACCGGGGUCGAUGUCGUUUUGUUAUCGCGUCUAGCGAGACAUCUAGUGUCCAUGAACCUUCUUGCUUUCUACAACGGCGCAUUCCAGGCGACGAGGCUAAGUAACGGUCUCGCAGCGGAGAACUUUCAACACGGCAUCUGCUUCUGCUACGAUGCAGCCCACCCUUCAUUCAAUGCAUUCCCGCAGUAUUUCAAGAAAACUGAAUAUAGAUCCCCAACUCCGGGUGGAACCGACGGUCCCUUCCAGGAAGCCCACAAGAUGCAGCUUCCGUUCUUCGAAUGGCUUGUUGCAAAUCCACCACACCUCCAGCACUUCGAUUCUUUCAUGAGUGUGUAUCGAGCCGGAAAGGCAGAUUGGCACGAUUUCUACCCGGUGACAGAGCGAAUGAUAGCGGGCUUUGACUCCUCCGUGAGCGACGUUCUCCUGGUGGAUGUCGGUGGCGGGAGGGGUUACGAUGCCGCAAGCUUUGCCGGGCACUAUACUUCUCAUCCAGGCAGAAUCGUUCUUCAGGACCGCGAGCCUGUUAUCGCGAGCGUAGUAGCUAAUGGCGCAGAGCUACCCUUCGAGGCGAACGCCCACAACUUCUUCACGCCACAGCCUAUCAAGGGUGCACGAGCCUACAUUCUUUGCUCCAUUCUGCACGACUGGAGUGAUGACGAUGCUGUCAGGAUCCUGGAGAGUUUGGUUCCAGCACUGGAAAGCGGCUAUUCGCGUGUUUUGUUGAACGAGAUUAUUGUUAGCGAAGAGAAGCCCACGCUAGAAGCAACAAGUAUGGAUAUGAUGAUGUUGGCGCACUUUGCAGUCAGGGAAAGGACGGAGAGCGAGUGGAGGAGUAUUUUAGCGAAAGCCAGGUUGAAGGUGGUCAAUAUCUACAACUAUCCCGGCGUUGCGGGGAGUUUGAUCGAGGCGGAAUUGACCUAG